AUGGCACAAGGAUUGUGUACAGCGCAGGAAGCGCAAGCCCACAUAAAUGCCCUGGAGCUAAAGACAGUGGGGUUAGCCCUAAAAGCGCUGCUCCGGGAAGCACAACACUGCCACAUUCACUUCCAUAUAGACAAUACGGCGGCAGUGGCCCAAAUAAACAAAAUGGGGGACCAGCUCCCAAAAGCUACUAACGGUUGCAAAGGAGGUGUGGGAAUACUGCAUCCAGCGCAACAUUUGACAGCAGAGCACCUGCCAGGGAUAUUGAACGUAGCAGCAGACAGAGCAUCCAGGGUGUACAAGGAUGCCAGCGAUUGGCAAUUGAACCAACGAGUGUUUGCUCAGUUGGAACAGGUCCUGGGGAAACAACAGGUCGAUCUGUUUGUCAGCCGACACAACGCUCAGAAAGAAGAGUAUGUCAGUUGGAAGCGCGACCCCGGAGCAAUCAGCUUCGAUGCAUUUGCCCUGAACUGGCACAAGGUCAAAGGGUAUGCUUUCCCACCUUUCUAUCUUGUAGGGCGAUUGUUAGCCAAGGUGAGGAAGGACAAGGCCAGGCUGACAUUAGUAGCACCGGUUUGGCCAAACCAACAGUGGUAUCCAGUACUGCUAGAGCUUCUGGUGGAGGAACCGAUCCUGCUACCACCAGACAAGAAUCUAUUGAGCAACCCCCGAGGGGACACUCACCCCCUCAUAGGGGAGGAAACGCUCGAAUUGGUGGCAUGGAAAGUAUCAGGGGACCCAGGAGACCAGAUGGGUUUUCUGAGUCAGCUGCCAAGCUCCACAAAGGGGGCUGGCACAAUGGGACUGAGGUCGCUUACGACUCAAGCUGGAAAAGGUGGUCUGGCUGGUAUCAAAAACAGCAAAUUGAUCCUUUUCAGGCCUCUGUGGGCCACAUAG